AUGGCAUAUUAACCAAUUAGAAAACGUGGAUAACCCAGUCAGUAUGAUAUAACACUUCAAACCCUGCAGUACAUUUUAAUGAGAAACCAACACAAAUAACUUGUCAUACUGCAAUAAUUUUAUUUUUUUUUUAUUUUUUUUUUUUUUAAUUUCUGAAAGUAAAUAAAAUCAGGUUGAAGAUCCUAGAUUCAAAGAUACUGAACUUUUCUAAAAAUUAUGUGCAGCACAGUACAGGAAUGUAGUACAAUUUUAAACAAGUUCAACUAAAAUAAGGUUUAUGCACAUGCUUCGCACUUUUCGCAUAACCCAUAAGCAAGAUUAAGCAAUGAGGGUCCUAAGGACUAGUUAUAUAUUGCAAAAUCUAUGUCUUGUUAACAGUCAGUUAGCAACCAUAAUAGCAAAUUUUGCCAUAAAUAGAAGCUGAAAACUAAGGACCACCUAUACAAUAUGACUUCAAAUAGAACACCUACAGGAUAGUUCAAUGCAUGCCUAUCACAAUGCUACUCUCUAUUAUCUAAAUUAAAGUUUAAUAAAAGGGAAAAUCUUUAUUUUGAAAGAAAAAAGAAAAAAAAAAAGAAAAGAGAAAAGUAACAGUACUGACAGUGGCUUCAAGCCUUAUAAAUUGCUUCACAUUGUUCUGAAACACAGAACACACACUACUUCAAACCCAUCAUAAAAGAAAACAGUGUGAUUCUCAUUGCUCUGCUCUCCUAUUUUCCAAAGCUAUAAGAGAUUAGAAUAUGGUUGAGUCAUGUAUUUCCACAAAUCAAUCAGAAACUACAGAGGUGGUAGAAGAGUUAAAGAAAAUGUCAGAUAUAGGAUUCCCAAUAGUGGCCAUGAGUUUGGUGGGCUAUCUCAGAAAUAUGAUUUUGGUCGUAUGUAUGGGAAGGCUUGGAAGUCUUGAACUAGCAGGCGGAGCACUAGCUAUUGGCAUCAUUAAUAUCAGCGGCUACUCAGUGCUGUCGGGCCUAGCCAUGGGAAUGGAGCCAAUUUGCAGCCAUGCUUUUGGUUCUCGUAAUAUAUCAGUCUUAAACAUUACACUAAGUAGAACAAUAAUAUUGUUGUUGAGUGCCUCGCUACCCAUUGGGAUUUUAUGGUACAACCUUGAGCCUCUCAUGAUUAUGCUUCAUCAAGACAUAGACAUAACUCGAGUUGCAAGCCUAUACUGCCGGUUUGCAAUCCCAGAUCUUAUUGCCAUUAGCUUUCUUCAUCCUCUUCGUAUCUAUCUGCGUAGUAAAGGGACAACCUGGCCAUUACUAUGGUGCACUCUGCUCCCUGUUAUGCUAAAUAUCCCCAUAGCCAUUCUCUUAUCUUUCAAACUUCAUCUAGGUGUUCAGGGUUUAGCUGUUGCUACAUUCAUCACCGACUUUAAUGUUGUAUUCCUCCUCCUAGGAUACAUUUCCUACACCAAUAAAAGCAAAGAUCCAAUACGUGUGCCGUUGCUAUCACAAUAUUUAACAGACUUAAAACCUUCAUUAGGAAAGGAAUGGGGAACUCUCCUUAAACUUUCCAUCCCAAGUUGUCUAGGUGUCUGCCUAGAAUGGUGGUGGUACGAGCUCAUGACCCUUCUUGCUGGUUACCUUGAAAAACCACAAGUCACACUGGCAAGCUCAGCUAUAGUGAUACAAACAACUUCACUCAUGUACACCUUACCUGCCGCACUUAGUGCAUCAGUAUCAACUCGAGUUGGGCAUGAGCUUGGAGCUGGUCAUCCUAAAAAGGCCUGUUUAACAUCAAAGUUAGCAGUAGGUUUGGCUCUAUUCAGCUCAUUGUUCGGUCUCUUAUGGACAACUCUUGGCAGAAGAGUAUGGGGAAGUGUUUUUACACAGGAUAAUGAGGUUUUAGAGCUUACAGCAGCUGUACUCCCUAUAAUAGGACUCUGUGAGCUGGCUAAUUGCCCACAAACUACAGCAUGUGGCGUUCUUCGUGGGAGUGCAAGACCUAGUAUCGGAGCAGGAAUCAACUUCUAUGCAUUUUACAUGGUCGGUACACCAGUCGCCAUAGUUUUAGGCUUUGUUCUAAAACUUGGAUUCGUCGGCCUUUGUUAUGGACUUUUAGCAGCUCAAGUAGCAUGUGCAGUCUCUAUAUUAACAGUGAUAUACAGGACAAACUGGGAAACAGAGUCCUUGAAGGCAAUGGAUCUAGUGGGGUGUACACAAGCUAGCAACAUUGAAGCAUGCAAUCCUAAUGAAGAAGCUGGAUAUCUAUGGGAGGUGGCCUGUCUCAAAUAAGAAAAGUGAUAGACACAAAUAUCAAAUUCAUUACAAACAAUUUGAUUUGUCCUAUUAUGUUCCAUCACAAGUGUAUUAGUCAAUAUUUUUUUUAGAUAGGUAAGAUGAAUAGCCUAUUAGACCAGAAACUCUCACAGGUCAACCCAGCCGAUUUUGCGAGCUAGACACUUUGGGAGUAAGGGGGGAGGAUAAGGGAAAUCCCUACCCUCAAGGUGUCCCUAAUAGGAAUUGAACCCCAGGCCAAAACUUUGCCUUAACCGUACGAAUAAUAUGAAAUCGUUAUCAACAGAGUAUAUCCUUCCAUUAUAUUUCUGCCCGCAUCAAUUUUACCACAAAAUAAAGUCAUAACUCCAUCCAUCCCAUAAAUAUUGCCUUAUUUUAUUUUUUGGGCCAUACUUGAAAAAUGUUGCUCAUAAAUUCCCACUCAUAAGUUAUGUUUGAAUUCAUUUCGGUGUAUUUUUUAUUUUAGUCUCAAUAUGAUUAUUAAGCAUACUGCAUACGGCAUACCAAUAUUUUCGGGGAAAAUACAAGUUUAAAUUUCUACUUGAUAUAAAGGUUUUGCAAUAAAACCACUACUUGAUAUAAAAGGUUUUAGAGCAAAGCUGCUAGUCUGCUACUUCAAGUAGCCAUUAUGCCUAUGAUAUUACAAUUCUACCCCUAGAUACCAUAAACCAAAUAUCAAAAAGACCAAUGGGGCUCCCUCAUAUUUUGGAGACUUAUGAAGGCAAAUAAAACAACCUUUAACAUAAGAAUAAGCAAUUAAGCAUGCCUAAUUGCCUAUGAUAACAAAAUGGUACACCUAAAGUCUACUUUAGAAGGUAAUUCAAAAGAGCUACUCCGUAC